GUGAUAGUAAUACGCCUUAAUGUUAGUGUUGUAUUUGCUCGUUCAAUGUUGGCUGGAGAUUUUACUUUCACGGAUUUUAGACAAGCUUACUGCAACUACUCGCAUAUUACAAAGCAAAUUGAAUAAUAUAAGAACAGUAUUAGGACAUAUAAAAGAAAAUUUAAUUCUAUUAUAAUGGUUGAUAAGUGAUCAGUGGAAAUCUUAUUUGUUAUCAACCUUACAAUAAUAGUUGUAAACCGAAAUCUAUCUGGAACCGAAUAGAGAACUUUAUGAUUUGUAUGAAAGCGAGUUGCAUUAUACAUUUGAGAUUAUUAUUAUACUAGUUGCUUGUGGAAUAUGCAUUGUCGACCAUUCAGUGAUUCUUUACUAUUGUUAUCGUACUCUGGGAUCGCCCCCUUUUCCAUCAUUUAAGUAUUUGUGACCUGCCUCAUGUCAAAGAUAAACUGGGUAAGAAACCGCAACAAGGCCUUUGGCGACUGCUUGGCUGGUUCUGCAGGACACACAUAGUACUUAACUGGGCUACUUGUGCACCACCGGUUAGACUAAAUGUCAGCCCAAUUAAUAGAAAAAGAAAAGCUGGUGGAGAAACACCAAGAACCUGAAGAAUUACCUGAUUCUGCAACUACUAAUCUUCCUAUAAGUAAUGAUGGUGAUAACGUACAAUCACAGUUGCAGAGUAAUUCUGAAAGUAAAGUACUCCAGCAAACAAGUGAAGAGCAAGAUCAACAAUUAUGUUCAACUCAAACUAAUCCUUCAGAGUGUUUGGUAUCUUCUCCACGUCCUUCUAAUACAUCUCAGCAAUCUCCUCCACUUCCAUGCCAAUCAUUUGAAGAUAAAGAACAACCAGAAAUAUCAAAAAAUAGUCAGUUAUGGAACCAGGAAACAAGUACUUCACAAGAUUUAUCAACAGCACAAAGCUAUGAGCAGGUAUUAUUUCAACCAGCAACAAUUGAGCAAACUGAACAGUUUGAAACACAGGAUGUUCUACUUUUACCAGGGCAACAAGAAGGUGUACAACAAGUUGUGUUGUCAGACACCAAAGCAGGUUUCUCUCCAGAGUCACAGGCUGGUUUGCAACAUGAGCUGGAGCAAAACAUUCAGCCUAUUCAUGAUGUUAAACUUCAGGAUUCUGUUUCAGAUGUGGAUGAUGUUGAAAUGGGUAAUUCUCAUAGAUCUUUGUCAGAAAUUCAAGAUACGUUGCAUCAAACAUUCAUGCAACAAAACAAACAAGAUUGUGAGACAGAAUUUCAACAGGAAGAAACAAAUUCUCAAUUGGUUACAUCUGAAGCAAAGCCAGUUACACCAGAGUCAGAACACGUACCAAGUCUUGAUUCAGAUUCAAACCAGCAACAAAUACCUGUGGCAGAAUUUGAACAAACACAAGUUUCCCAUUAUGAUCAUGAAUAUGAACAGACUAUUAACCCAGAAACGGAACAACCACAAUAUGUUGAAUCAGAAUCUACUCAUGUGGUUUCUUCUACACCAGAAUCUAGACAAGAAAUCAAGCAAGAUAGAUGUACAGCUGAAUGGCAGCAAAUUUCAGAUUCGCAGCAGAUUCUACCAGAAUUCAUUUUACAAAAAUCAAUCCAGCAGCAAACAUUACAAGAUUCUAUACAUCUACAACAAUUUGUACCUAAAGAGCAACUUCAAGAGGAAGAGAAGAAAUAUGAAACAUCUACAAAGAAAGAAACAAUUGUUCUUGAAUCAGAGCAACAACAGAAGAACUUUGUGCCAGAUGAGCAAGUACAGUUGGCAUUGGUUUCUGAAGAACAAUCUCCAUCAAAAGUGUUACCCCAACUUGCCACAGAAACUGAACAAGUCCCUCAGUUUGUGGGUGCAGAGUCUGAAGCUCAAGAAGUACAAAUUCAGUCAAUAUCUGAAGAAGAGCAAAUGCAAUUUGAGACAAUCUCUGAGGAACCACAAAUGGAGUUUGUGCAAAUACCUAAUGAGCAACAUGUGCAGUUCUUACAACUACAAGAACAGCAGCAAGUCGAGUUCAUUUCUGAGGAGCAGCAAGUUGAGUUCAUUUCUGAGGAGCAGCAAGUUGAGUUCAUCUCUGAAGAGCAGCAAGUUGAGUUUAUUUCCGAGGAACAGCAAGUGCAAUUUGCCUCUCAUGAUCAGCAAAAUGAGUUUGAGUCUGGAGAUCAAACAACAGAAUUUUCAUCUGAAAAACACAUGCAGUUUGAAUUGCAAGAACAACAUGAGCAAUAUAGGACAGCUGAGCAAUAUGUAUCAGAAGAACAGCAACCAGCUAUCACAGAAGAGCAACUGCACUGUGUAUCAGAAGAGAUACCAUCUCAUUUAACUUCACAUGAGCAAUUGCAGUUUAUACCUCAAGCAGAGCAUGAGACACAGUUUAUUCCAGAUAUUGAAGAACAGCAAGUGCAGUUUAUUCCUGAACAAACACAGUUCAUACCUGAACCAGAGCAGGAGCUACAACAGUUUGAUGAAAAGCAGCAAAAUUAUGAACCUGAUGAACAAUCACAGUUUAUAUGUAAAGAAGAGCAACAACAAAAGACUUCGCCAAAGUGUGAACAAUGGCAACCUAUUCUGACAGAAUCAGAGGAAGUACUACAAGUUGUGUCAGAAUCUACAUUUACUCAGCAACAACCAAUUUUGUUGGAAUCUGGACACCAUCAAAAAGCCCAACUUAUAUCUAAAUCAGGUCAACAAGAGAUUGUGUCUUCAUCUGAACAGCAUGUGGGAAUUUUACCUGAUCAAUUGGAAAUCUCAACAGCAGAGCAGGAUAUAUCAGAAGCUGAUGCAACUGUAUCAGAAGCUGAGCCAACUGUAUUGGAAACUGAACAACAGCAACCAGAGAUUGUGCUUGAAGCUGAACAGCAACAAGUUGUACAACAGCAAGAAAUUGUUAUGGAAAGCAUGUUGCAACAAAUUGUUACCACACCUGGACAGCAACCUCAAAUAUUAUCAGAAAAUAAUAGUCAGCAAUUAGUAGGGCUUGAUGAUAUGCCCCAAGAACAGAUAUUAUCUGAGAAUAUUAAACAACAGCAAGUGGAAAUUGUUUCAGGAGAACCAGUGAAAAUUAUGUCCCAAAGUGAAUUGCAACAAGAAGUGUCUGAAGAUAAACAACAAGAAAUUGAAUCAGUUGUUUCUGAAAGUGACAACCAGCAGGAGAUGUUAUGUAUUGAUGAGCAACAACAGGAAAUUGCAUCUGAAAUAUCUGAUCAAGAAAUUAGGUUCCAAGGUUAUCAGCAGCAGAGUAUUGUGUGUGAGAGUGAGCAGCAGUUUCAACAGAUUGUUUGUGAUGGUGAGGUUCAUUUACAACAAAUAGUGUGCGAUGGUGAACAACAACAACAGAUUUUAUCUGAAGAAGUUCCACAACAGAUUUUGUCUGAAGAAGUUCCUCAGCAACAACAGUAUGUAUUGUCUGAAGGAGAGCAGCAACAGCAGAUGAGUGAAGGUGUGCACCAGCAGAUUGUGUCAUCACAACAAUCACAAGCUAAUGAGCAGAUGCAUGAGAUUUUGCAAUCACAGCAUAUAGUUUCAGAAGUCGAGCAGCCUCAUAUGAUAUCUGAAAGUGACAAGAAACAGCAGAUAGUGAAUGAACCGAAGCAGGCUCAUGUAAUACUAGAAAUAGAGCAACAAAUGGUUUCUCAAGUUGAACAGCAACCACAGGAGAUAAUUUCUGAAAUUGAGGAGCAACAUGAAGAGCUGGCUUCUGAAGUUGAUCAGCAACAGCACAUAUCUGACACCGUGCAGUUGCAAGAUGUGUCUGAAGUUGAACAUUUACAGGAGAUGGUAAGUGAUCUUCAGCAGCAGCAAAUACCGGAAGCUAUGCAGUUGCAAGAGAUGGUAUCUAGAAUUAAGCAGCAGCAGCUGCAAGAAAUGGUGUCUGAAGUUGAGCAGCAACAGGCAAUGGCUGAAGUUGAACAGAAGCAGCAACACUUGUCUGAAUCUGCACCAGAGCAGCAUCAGCUGUUAUCUGAAGUCGAACAGCAACAUGCAGUAUCCGAAGUUGAACAGCAGCAGCAAUUGCCAUCUGAAGCUGUUCAAAUGCAAGUAACAGUGUCAGAAGUUGAGCAGCAGCCAAUGUUGUUGGAAAAUGACCAGUUGCAAGAAAUGGUAUCUAAUAAUGAGCAACUGCAACAAGAAAUUAUGCCUAAUUAUGAAGUAACAGAGAUAUCAGAAAUGGAGCAGUCACAGGAAAUGGUGUUAAAAUGUGAUCAGAAGGAACCAAUUGUAGAAACUGAGCAACUACAGGCAGUUAUUUCUGAUAUUGAUUCACAGCAGCAAAAUAUAAUAGAAUCAGAUCAACAAACCUUUUCAGAAUCUUUAGAGCAAAAUCAGCAGGAAAAAUCACAAGCACUUUCAGAGUUGAUAAAACAACAAGAGCAAAUUGUGUCAUCUGUGCAACAAAAUUCAGAGUCAGAAACCAAUCAAACUGUAGAAUUAUGUACAAAAUCAGAAGUACAGAAACAGCUUCCAGAAAAUGAACAUCAAGGUGAAACAGAAAAUCAACACGUAAGUUCUCUAUCAGAAUUGAAACAAAGGCAGUCUUUACACACUGCAUCUGAUCUUAAAGUCGAACAGCCUGUACCAGAACAGGAACAACAUUCUGAAAUAAAUCAAACCCUCUUUUCUGAAACAGAUUCUGAGCAACAAAGUGCAUUAUCAGUUGAAGAGCCACAUGUUUCUACUGAAGAAAAUCUUGGCAAUCAUCCACUAACAUCUGAACAAGAUCAACGAUUUUAUACUUUCCAAACAGUUAAGCAAGAUGUAGUAUCAGUAACUCUUCCAGAAACACUCUCAAUAGGAAUGAGUGAUCAACAGAUUGAAGAAGGGAAAUUUUUCCAUGAAGCACAAGAAGAAAAGGAGAUGGUACUAUAUCAAGUUACUGAAUCAGAACAAAAUGUUCCUCAGUUCAGUGUGUCAUUGAGUAAAUCAUCUACAGAUACUGAAGUACAAACUGUCUCAGCUGUUGAGAUACAGCUUGAAUCUCUUCCAGCAUCUGAGCUUACCCAACAAUCAACUUGGUCUGAAAUACAAUCAGUUGAUACUCAAGAAUCAGAGAUACAAUCUGUUUCAUUUGUGAGCACGAACUUGCAUUUAGUUUCUUCUGAAAAAUCAGAUGUAGAAUCUAUUACAGGUUCUGCAUCUGAAUUACAUGUUCAGGAAAUGAAACCAGAAAUUGCUAGUAGUGAAACAGCUGAACAGGAACAAUUUAUUAUAUCCAAUAAAUCAGAGUUAGUAUCUGGAUGUAGCACAAAACAAGACUUGCAUUCAGUUCAGUCUAUUGAAAUGCCAGUUCAAUCAACAGAUAAUGAAAAAUCUUCCCCAGGAGCAGAGAAUUUAACAGCUGAACUAACAUUAAAUGAAGAAGUACAAGACUUAGGAAAGAAAGAUACUCAUUUGAAUCAGGAAUUUAUAGUAGAAUCUGAAACAAAAUCUGUGGAUAACUUUGAUCAGAAUCUUCUACUGCAGCAGAGAGAAAAAUCAGAUAUCACUGAAUUAACAAAAGGAAGUGUUUCUACAGAAAACUCGAAUCUACAUUGUGUUUCAGAAAUUCCUCUUACUGAACGAUUUCAAGAAUUACAAUAUGAGUUUGAAAGCUCUAAGCAACAGAAACCGGAAAGAAGGCAAUUGCAAAUUGACCAGUCUCCAAAAUGCUCAGAAUCUUCUUCGAGUCAUCCUUUGUCAGAACAGUCCCUGUCACAAGAAAUGGAUUGGGAACCUGAUAAUGAGGCAUCAAAUGAGCAAAACCUCUCUUCAUACAGAUCUACACAAGCUCAUUCUGUAUCUUCCUUAGAACAAACUACAUCUCCCAAAUCCCAAUCAGUAUUAAUGCAACAACUUUCUUCAGAACAAGCUGAAUUAAAAUAUGAUGAGAACAUGGAUGUCAAAGAAAGUAAAGCAAGUAGUUUUGUUGAUAGGAAUACAUAUUUUGAUGACUCACAGAAUAAAUCUGAUAGUGAAUUGCAAUCCUCUCCAAAUAUGUUUUUGGAAGCUGAGGGCUUACUGUCUUCAGCAACAGUGGAUUCUUCUCAGUCGAGUACUGCUGGGGACUUGAAUGAAAGUUUUGGUGGAAGUCAACAAAAGCGAGGACCAGGCAGGCCUAGAAAAGAAUCGGUUGGAACCCCAUCACAUUUAGUUAAGAAAAAAACGCGAGUAAAGACUCCUGGACGUAAACCCAAAUAUAACCUUGUUGUUGAGAGUUUCAGUCCCGAUAUUGCAAUGGAUAUACCUACUGAAAGUGUUGAUGCAUCCGUGUUCAAACUUCAAGAUUCUACUACUAUUAGUUUAUCUACUACUAUUCCUACAACAACUGAAGCUAUUCCAAGUUCAAUUCUUGAUGAUAUCCUUGCUGAUGAAUCAACUGAGACAGAAUUAUCAGAAACACCAUCUGGAGAUAAUCCUUGUGUUGAGGCUAUUGAUAACAGCAUUAUUCAGUCUUCUGAUAGGCAGCUUUCUGAAGAUUCGAAUUCAAGUGGAAUUUUAAGUAAUAGUCGUACAUGCUCCUUUUGUAACUGUGGUGAAAAUAGCUUACUUGGUCAAGGAAUAUUGUCAAAAUAUGACCCAACCCCUGGAUUUAAUCCUUUCAAGCGGAUACUUCAGCGAGCAAGGAGAACAUCUUCAGAAAUUGAUGAAAAAGGAAAUGACAGAAAUCCAAAGCACUUAACAUGGAGAAGACCUAGAGGCCCAUCUAGACCUGCUAGAGAGCGAAGUAAAUCUCCACGACGUCCAAAUCCUCAUAGUAUUCACGAUGAAGAUGGACGGCCCAUGGCAAUUGUUGAUGAACUUAGUUUGGUUGGUCAUUCAGAAGAUGUAGAUGUGCAUCAGGUUUAUGAAAUAACAGGACAUGUAUGGGGUCAUCAGUCUUGUGCAUGUUGGUCUGAGGGUGUAACAAUGAGAGAUGAUGAUAGCUUGCAGUUUGUUGAUAGAGCUGUUUUUGCCGGUUUGACACAGAAAUGCAGUUACUGUCAUCGAUACGGCGCAACAAUAACUUGCAGAAUUCCUCGUUGUACGAAAAAAUAUCAUUAUCCAUGUGCAGCUAGCAGUGGAUGUUUCCAAGAUAUCAAAGGGCCGUCUUUGCUCUGCCCAGAACACACUGACCAAGCAGAGACCAUUGCUGGUCAACAGGCUCUCUGUAUUGCAUGUAGCAAAUGGUCUGGCAAUUGUUCUUUGCUAUUUUGCACUACUUGUGGUGGUCAUUAUCAUGGCCACUGUUUACAACCAGCAGUAGCAGUUCAACCUGCUGUGCGAGCAGGGUGGCAGUGUCCAAGAUGUAAAAUAUGUCUUACUUGCAAACAAUCUGGUGAGGAAAGUAAAAUGCUGUUUUGUGAUAAUUGUGAUAAAGGAUACCAUACAUUUUGCUUAAAACCUGUGAUGACAGCAGCACCAAAGAAUGGAUGGAAAUGCAAACAUUGUCGAGUUUGUGGAGAUUGUGGUUCACGAACACCUGGUAGUGGACCAAGUUCUCGAUGGCACCUAAAUUAUUCCGUUUGUGACAGUUGUUAUCAACAGCGUAAUAAAGGAUUAUCUUGUCCUCUCUGUGGAAAAGCUUAUAGGCAUUUUACUCAAAAGACAAUGCUGCAGUGUAAAAUAUGUCAGAAGUAUGUUCAUGUAGAAUGUGUUGAAACUGUAGAUAGUACAUUUUCACUACAUUUUAAAGACAAUGAAUGCCAGACAGACUAUGUAUGCACAGUAUGUCGAAAUCGAGAUUCUGAGCUGUGCAGCAUUGGUAUACGAAGUCAGGAUGAAAUGUUUGAAGAAUUAUCGACUAAAGAUGGAGAUUCUUCUUCUUUGAAAGAAGACAUAGCUGGAGAAAAUACAGUGCAAAGUUCACAAGAUUCUUUCUAUUUGAAUGAUGAUUCAACUUCAAGCAUGGAUAUUGAUAUGAGCUCAUUGGAAAAAGGAUCUCCACUGCAAUUAACUUCCUUGACUAGUGGGUCAACAUGGACUAAAACAGCAUCUAAAAUGCAGCCUGACAUUUUACCAAAAGGAAUUAAGAUGCAUCCUGUUGGCAGGAAGAAAAUUGGUGCUGGAAGGCCAAAAGGACGUCCAAUUGCUGCUGAAAGACGACGUCAACGUCCUACAUCUCUUGGAGAUAGAAGGCGAGGUCCAAGAACAAAAGUGAAGACUGGUCAAAAUGUUGGGAAUCAAUCACUCUAUCCUACAGCAGUGGAUAAUGGAGAAAUUGAUGAUCAUCCAUCUACUGUAGUUAUUGCCAAUUCUAAAGAUGAAUAUGUAUUAGAGCAGGAUAUUUGUAAAACUUGUGGGAGUAUUGGAAUUGGAGAAGAGAGCCGAGUAAUCAUUUGCUCUCAAUGUGGUCAGUGUUAUCAUCCAUAUUGUGUAAAUAUAAAGGUUACCAAAGUUGUUCUUCAGAAGGGAUGGCGUUGCCUGGAUUGUACUGUGUGUGAAGGCUGUGGUAAACCUCAUGAUGAAGGCCGCUUACUGUUAUGCGAUGAAUGUGAUAUUAGCUAUCAUAUAUAUUGCCUUGAUCCACCAUUGGAUCAAGUACCUAAAGGACCAUGGAAGUGUAAAUGGUGUGUAUGGUGUGUUAACUGUGGUGCUACAUCACCUGGAUUUUUGUCCCAGUGGCAAAAUAAUUACACUUUAUGUGGACCGUGUUCCAGCAGGACAACUUGUUGUUGUUGUUAUAAAGCCUAUAAAGAAGAAGAAGUAGUCAUACAGUGUGUACAGUGUGAUAGAUGGCUCCAUGCUAGUUGUGAUGGCCUAAAGAAUGAGGAUGAAGCAGAACGAGCAGCUGAUGCUGGCUAUCACUGUUUAUUCUGUCGUCCUAAGACUGGACAACCAGGACCUUUACCCCCUACUCCACCACCACCGCCGCCACCACCACCACCUCCACCACCACCACCACCGCCACCACCUCCAGCACUUCCUCCUCCACCACCACCUCCUGAGCCAGAAGAGGAAAAAGUCAGAUGUCCCUCACCAGUUGUUAUACCUAAGGAAGUUGAAGAAAAAAAGGUUGAACCUAAAAAAUGGCCCCAGCCUAUUCCAGAAUUGCCAAGGCAAUAUAUUUAUGAAGGUGUAACAUUAUCAGCAUUGGGAUUGCAACAUAUUCAAAAUAUAACUGCUAGCAUGGCGAUGAAAAAGAAACAACGAUCCCGACCUAAGAAGACUGACCCUCAGAUAAAACAUCCAAGUGUUGCUCGUUUAUUAGCUCUAGGGCAGAAAUCAGACUCAUCUCUUGAGAACGAAGAUACCUGCGAAAAAGAUAUGGAGAUUUCGACUGACAUAAAAGGAUCUGAUAUGGAUUCUGAUUCAGUCUUCAGAUCAUCUCAGUCAACAGUUAUUUCUCAAUAUGAUGAAAUUAAAAUGGAAGAAGGAAAUGGUGAAGAAAUGAUUAAGAAAAAGAGACAAAGAAAGCAAUUAGGUCUUGGAGUGGGUGGUUUUAUAGUUCGGCAAAGAAAUGUACGCCUGACCGCAAGCCGUCAGUCACCAUCUCGUCAGGUUGAUGUUAAUGAAGAUCUAUUGAAAUCAGAAAUAGGAAAUACAAUUGAGGGUAGCUGCAUUGAUGAAGGACCGUCUUCAAUCACAGAUUCAUCAAUCAGUGGACUGAUGUCAGACAAAAUAAAGAAACGUCGCCGACAGAAAAGGAAAAGUCAACUAGAAGAUAGUUUCCCAUCUUAUCUUCAGGAAGCCUUUUUCGGUAAAAUACUUCUUGAUAAAUGUAAAGACUCUAAAGAAAAACUGGAUAGUGAUAGUGAAGGGGAAUCUGCAGGUUUCUCUCAUAAAUAUGCAAAUGCAGACAUAAAAGAUUUGUGCGAAGAAACUCCCAUUGGUUCAUCAUCACCUGCACCAGGAACUAAUGUCUCUGAACAGUCAGAAGAAAUGCAGCCUAUUGUUGAUGAGAGUGAUUUAAAAGAACUUUUACCUGCUGAUUUACUAUCCAGUGAACUUCAGAAUGACUUCCUCAAAAUUAUUGGUGAUGAUUUAGGAACUUCUUCAGUGGGCUGCCUCAUUAUGUGUGACCCACUUCGUGAAGUGGGUCGAAGACAACUGCCUGGUCUGCAAGUUUUCUCCAAGUUUGGUUCUGAGCUUGGUGGGCCAGCAUUCCUUCAGCAAGUCCUGUCCACCGUUUCAGAUAUUCCCAUGGAAAAGGAUAAUUUGGAUUCUCAUUCAGAAGUCACAAGUAAUUGUUCAGAGAAUAAGGAUAACAUUUCUGAAAAUUUAGAACAAAUACUUAGUCCUGCAUUAGAUGUUGGCAAGAUGUUGUCUGAGGGUCUUGCCCACAUUGACAGUAAAACAGUAGAAGAUAUAUUUAAGGGUGUGUUGAGUUCAGAAGGAAAUCAAGAAGCUUCUCAGACGACAGGAGAUGACAAUUUUACUACUACAUCAAAUGCUGCCGAGCAAACACCACAGCAGCCAUCUCUUCCACCACCACCACCUCCUCCACAUCCACCUCCUUCACCACCACCAUUGCCACCAGCACCUCCAUCUGUUCCUCCUCCUCCACCCCCCUUACCACCCGCAGUGCCAUCAUCACCUCCACCUCCUCCUUCAACUCCUCCUCUGUCCAAUAAUCACAUCUCAUCAGCAGUACCUGAGCAACAUGUACAACAAACUCAACCUCACAUACAACAAUCUACAUCUGUUGGACAGUUUAGUGUGGAUCAGUCAAUUUCAUCUCCUUACAGUGUAUCUCAAGCUACGCCUCAACCUGUUACACAUUAUGAAGCACCAGCUAGUCCUGCUCCUUGGUCUGGUGUAAUAGAUGAUGAUCAACCAGAGGGUUCUAGCCGUCGAAAUAUAUUGAAAUGGGAAACUGAUGAAGCUCUUGGGCAGAAUGCCACUAUAUCUCCAGUUUUGUAUGCAAAUGUAAACUAUCCAGAAUUAAAAUCUCAAAUCCCAGAAUGGACAGAAAGAGUAAAGCAAAUUAACAAAAUCUGGAAGAAAUUAACACCCAUUGAAAAAUCUCCUUAUUUGCUAAGAGCACGAAAGAAUAGGGCAAGCAGCAAAAUUCAAAGAGAACACAGAGAAAUAAAACGAAAACAGAUGGAAGCCCGUCAAGUGGCUGCUCAACAGGCUGCAGCUGCAGCAGCUAUGAUGCCACCACCUCCUCCACCACCACCUCCAACACAUCCAGGUUGUUUGACAGGCCUGUCAUCACCUAAUCAUCCAGGAACAUCAGCUGAACAUGAAAUAGGAAACCAACCAUUAACACAUUAUGCCUCAAUUCCAUCACCAUCUUCUACUCUUCCUUCUCCACAACCAGUCUCACCACAACAAAGUCCAUCACCUCAGACUCCAGUGAACCGCCUGGAACAUUUACAGCAGUCAUUUCAACAUCAAAAUAGUCCGAAAAAUACAUCUCCACUUGCGGAAAAUCAAAUUCCUUCAUUCAGUGGCUCAACCCAAACACAACACCCUACACAUGGCAUUUCAAGUGAUCAAGGAACUGUGAUCAGUUCUACUCCUCUUAGUAACCAGAACAAGUUAAAUCUCACUUCAUCAGAAAAUCAACUUUUGAAUACAAUAAAAGCAAAUCAAUCCACUGAAUUGGUAAGUCCUCAAAAUGAUGACAAAGACCAAACCAGUUAUUUGUCUGCUGCACAAAAACCAUCAGAAGGAUUUGCUACACAGCAGCCAUUAGCUCAUCAAGACUUCCCUCAGCGCCAACAACAAACCAUUUCUCACCAAUUAAGCCACCAAGCUCUUUUACAACUAAAGCAACAAGGUUUAUUACCGCAACAGCAAGGGUUAAUUCAACAGCAACUAAAAUCAUCUCAAACUUCAGCCUUGACUCAAGCACUUUCCCAACAACAACAACAACAACAGCAACAACAACAACAACAACAACACAACAACAGCAACAGCAACAACAACAACAACAUUCCUUACCUAUAAACGCUCAGUUACAACAACAGCAGUUAAUGAAACA